AUGCCCUCUCGCUGUAGGACUGUGCUGCAUAUCGUAACCACCACCCUCUUCGCCGCGGUGGUCCUGUUUGGGAUCCUGCUGGCCUAUGUGACUGGCUAUCAGUUCAUCCACACAGAGCAGCACCACCUGUCCUUCGGCYUUUACGGAGCCAUCCUGUCCCUGCAUCUUUUCCUCCAGAGCCUGUUUGCCUUCCUGGAGCACAGACACAUGCGCAGCCCCGCCCGGCCCCAGCACCUACGGCCCUCUGUGGCCCUGUGCAUCGCAGCCUACCAGGAGGACCCAGACUACCUGAGGAAGUGCCUCUGCAGCGUGCGCCGCAUCUCCUUUCCCAGCCUGAAGGUUGUGCUGGUGGUGGACGGGAACAGGCCAGAGGACCACUACAUGAUGGACAUCUUCCAGGAGGUGAUGGGUGGAGUGGACCAGGCUGGCAGCGUGGUGUGGAAGGGGAACUACCACAGUGACGGGGGUGGAGGGGUGGGCAGAGGGGGGACUGGAGCAGCGUCCCUGCAUGCGCAGGAGGCUGCACGUGUGGCCAGGCUAGUGAGAGGCUGCCGCUACUCCUGUAUCAUGCAGGAGUGGGGAGGGAAGAGAGAGGUGAUGUACACAGCCUUCAAAGCCCUGGGAGACUCUGUGGACUAUAUGCAGGUGUGUGAUUCAGACACAGUUCUGGAUCCAGCGUGCACCAUAGAGAUGCUGAAGAUUCUAGAAGAGGAUGCAAAGGUGGGUGGAGUAGGUGGAGAUGUUCAGAUCCUGAAUAAGUAUGACUCGUGGAUCUCCUUCCUGAGCAGUGUUCGUUACUGGAUGGCCUUCAACGUGGAGCGGGCCUGCCAGUCCUACUUUGGCUGUGUGCAGUGUAUCAGUGGUCCCCUGGGCAUGUACCGCAACUCCCUGCUGCAGCAGUUCCUAGAGCCAUGGUACCACCAGACCUUCCUGGGCAGCAAGUGCAGCUUUGGUGACGACCGCCACCUCACCAACCGCGUGCUGAGCUUCGGUUACAAGACCAAGUUCACGGCCCGCUCCAAGUGCCAGACUGAAACGCCAACGCGCUACCUCCGCUGGCUCAACCAGCAGACCCGCUGGAGCAAGUCCUACUUCAGAGAGUGGCUGUACAACGCCCUCUGGUUCCACAAGCACAGCCUUUGGAUGACAUACGAGUCUGUGGUGACGGGUUUCUUCCCCUUCUUCCUGGUUGCCACAGUGAUCCACCUGUUCUACCGCGGGCGCCUGUGGAACAUCCUUCUCUUCCUGUUGACAGUGCAACUGGUUGGCAUAGUGAAGGCCACCUACGCCUGCUUCCUGAGGGGCAGUCUGGUCAUGAUCUUCAUGUCUCUCUACUCCCUACUCUACAUGUCCAGCCUGCUGCCAGCCAAGAUCUUUGCCCUGCUCACUAUCAAUAAGGCUGGCUGGGGCACAUCAGGGCGGAGGAAGAUUGUGGUGAACUUCAUAGGGGCGGUGCCCGUCACGGUGUGGGGGGCUGUGCUGCUGGGUGGGGUUGCCUACACCAUCUACUGUGAGACCCAGGAGCCCUUCAGUGAAACAGAGAAAGUGCUUAUCAUCGCUGGGGUCAUCCUGUACGCCUGCUACUGGCUCAUUCUGCUGGUUCUCUACCUGGCUAUAGUGGCCAAGCGCUGCAACAAGAGGGAGGAGCAGUACCACCUGCCGUACGCAGAGGCAUAAGACAUGGAUCCUUGUUCAGUCCUUUGUGGUGCUGCUAGAACAACUGAGCCAGUCUGUGGCCCCACCACUCUGUCUCCAUGGUGCUAAACCUCUGGGACCUAUGGGGCAUGAAUGUGUUGUAGAAUGACAAUGGACGGACAGUUCUCACAUUAACCUGGGAGACUUGGUUAAGUAGGUUACAAACCUUUUCUACAGUACAGAGUCCUCUACCAGUGGGCCUGCUUACCAUGGAUAUAAAGCACAUUAUCAUACAGCCCGUUUGGUCAUGGUGGGACAAGGUGUGGCCAGGAUAUACCAGAGAUCAUAAGAGCUAUGACACGGUGUGUGUCAGUAUGAAGCAAUGUUGAUAUGUUACUUGAUGCACUGAGCUGAGGGCCUUCUCUGCCUCAAUCAGGAGACACAAUGAUCUACAGUUGUAUUUUUGUAAUACAAUAAUUGAUAGACAAUCUAACAUUUAUACAAACAUAACUUACAAAUAUAUUUGGUGCUGAUGAACAGGCCCAGGGUAAACUUUUAGCUCGUAAGCUAAUGGCUUGCAAGAGUAUUGACACUCAAUUGAAUGAGUCAGUGAGUUUCUGUGGCCAUUUUGUUCUAUGUGUGCCAAAUUGUAUACACAUUAUACUGCAGUGUUCAUUACAGGAUAUACUUUUCCAAGUGAGGUUAAUCCCUUAUUAAUUCCAUCAUGUAGACUAUGACCAAAGAGCACUUGUUUUUUGACACGUCGUACCAUUAAUACAACACAAGUACUAACUCCAUUGCUGUUAUUAGUUGUAAAUCCAUAAUGAGAAAAUAAAAACAUGAUCCCCUUUUAUCAAGGUCAGGUAGUAUUAGUGUAGGUGCUACCAUGUCUAAAUUGACAUGUGUUUUUUGUUUUUGGAGAAUGGAGAUAAUGUCGUGGAAGUUUCCACUUGUGUGCUCUUUAAGUUGUGUUCAUAUUAUUUUAUUAAAUGAGGAUUGCAUAACGUGAAACUUGAAAGUGCAAACAAGACACAUAAAACAAUUUUGUUUACAGACUUGCUCAGCCUCUAUCUACCAAUGGUGCAGUAGGUCAAUUUGAUGGUACAGUACAUUUCCAGAGGUGAUAUAGAUGUUCAAGUACAAACUUUGUCGGCCAUCAGGAAUAUGUUUUGCAGUGUUGUCUUGGCUAUGAAUCAGAGUUUGCUGUUGUUGAGGCUCAAAACUGCAACCUCCACAUCAGUUUCACAAGGCACAAGAUUGUUUGCAAUUCCUUAAAUAAAGAUACUUAAUAGAAAAUGACUCAAGUAAAAGUGAAAGU